UUUAACCCCAUUUCACUCUCUCCCCUUUUUCUUCUCUGUUCUCUCUUUCCCUUUCUCUCUACCUCUGUGUUUGUCUUUCUGUCCCUAUCUUUUGCUUUCCCUUUCUUUUUCUUACAAGAGAGACUCAUAAUGACGACCCCUCUUUCUUAGAACCUUAAUGGAAGAGAUUUAGAGGGGUUUCUGUUCUUUUUUCUUUCUGAUGGAAAUGGAUUGCAGCACUUUGACUGAGUCUGGUGGGUCUUCAAAUUCCUCACCACCAAAUUCAUCAGCUGAAUCACUCAAUGGUCUCAAAUUUGGACAGAAAAUUUACUUUGAAGAUGUGGGUAUUGGAGAACUUCCCAAAUCAGGUGGGGGAUCUUUCUCAUCUUCAGCUAUAAUUGCAUCAACACCAACCAAGAAACCUAGGGGAGGAGUUGUUCAGGCAGCUCAGCCCCCUAGGUGCCAGGUUGAAGGCUGUAGAGUAGAUCUAAGUGAUGCUAAGGCUUACUAUUCCAGACACAAAGUUUGUACUAUGCACUCCAAAUCCCCUAAGGUCAUUGUUGCUGGUCUCGAGCAAAGGUUUUGCCAACAGUGUAGCAGAUUUCAUCAGCUUCCUGAAUUUGAUCAAGGAAAACGUAGUUGUCGCAGACGUCUGGCUGGUCAUAACGAGCGACGUAGAAAGCCUCCACCUGGGUCACUAUUAUCCACUCGUUAUGGCCGCUUCUCUUCAUCUAUCUUUGAAAACAACAAUCGAGUUGGAAGCUUUCUAAUGGAUUUCAGUGCAUAUCCAAAGCUAACAGGAAAAGAUGUAUGGUCAUCGGGUACGAAAACAUCUGAACGGGUACCUGGAAAUCAAAGCAUGACUUCCAUGGGGAAAUACAUCCCACAUCCCUGGCAGAGCAACUCUCAGAACAAUCCAUCUGAACUUCUCCUGCCAGUUUCUGCAGGUGGAACCAGUUGUUCUGGUCCUGGGAAUCCUUCUGGAGAAUGCAUCAAUGGAGUUACUGACUCAUCCUGUGCUCUCUCUCUUCUGUCAAACCAAACAUGGGGCUCCAGAAACCGAACAACGGCUGUCGAGGUAAAUGCCUUGUUGAAUGCUGAAGGUGCACUUGUGGCUCAAACAACAGCUCAUGGUGCUGCCAAUCAUUUUCCGACCAUGUCGUGGGGUUUCAAGGGGAAUGAAGCUCCUGCUAGUAGCUCCCUGGACCUGACAUCUGAUCUGGGUCUCAAUCAAAUUUCACAGACUCUCACCGGUUCUUUCUCUGGUGAUGUCCAGUUUCCUCAUCAAGGUAGGAGGCCAUACAUGGAACUCGGGCAUUCAGGUGCUUUCGACUCGACCCAGCAUCUACAUUGGUCACUUUGAAGUGUUGUACCUCUUAAGUCCCCAAUGAACUCACUCCUCUUUUAGGCUUUGAAUAAUUGGCUCGAUACGUUGAAGUCGAAGUCAUUGUCUAUGGCAUUUCCAUCUUGUUGGGUUUAACAAAUCUGUCUAUUUAUGUGUUAAGACAUACAUCAGCAAGGCUUGAAACCUUUACUUUACCGUUGAAUGUUUAUUCUGGAACUGCUGGAGCUAUUUUGUUUAGUCUCUAUUUAUCAACUGCUAGCUGCUAGCUACAAAAAGACCAUUUUAGUUCUGUC